CAUCGCCUCCACCUCCACCACCCUGAACUUCCCCUCCCAACCAACACAAGGCACACCAAAAUGCCGCCCUCUCCCUGCGCCCUGUGCCACACCAAACGGGCGGUGAUUAUCCGACCCAAGGAUCGCCAAAAGCUCUGCCGCGAAUGCUUCCUGCAGGUAUUCGAAACCGAAGUCCACGAAACCAUCACCACCACCUCGCUCUUCCAUCGGGGCGAACGAAUCGCGAUCGGCGCCAGCGGCGGCAAAGACAGCACAGUCCUCGCCUCGGUCCUCAAGACCCUCAACGAACGAUAUGACUACGGCCUCGACCUCUGCCUCCUCUCCAUCGACGAAGGAAUCAAAGGCUACCGCGACGACAGUCUCGAGACCGUGAAGCGCAAUGCCGAACAAUACAACAUGCCGCUCGUGAUCGUCAGCUACGGGGACCUGUACGGGUGGACAAUGGACCAGGUGGUCGCGCAGGUCGGAAAGAAGGGCAACUGCACGUACUGCGGCGUGUUCCGACGACAAGCACUAGAUCGGGGCGCGGCGCGACUGGGCAUCAAGCACGUGGUGACGGGACACAACGCGGACGAUGUAGCGGAAACAGUAAUGAUGAACCUGUUACGUGGAGAUCUGCCCCGCCUAUCUCGAGGCACGAGCAUCGUGACGGGAUCGGCAGCGUCGGAUAUCAAGCGCAGUAAGCCGUUGAAGUACGCUUACGAGAAGGAGAUUGUGCUGUAUGCGCAUCAUAAACAGUUGGACUACUUCAGUACAGAGUGUAUCUAUUCGCCCGAGGCGUUCCGGGGCAGUGCGCGCACGCUGAUCAAGGACCUGGAGAAGAUUCGGCCCAGCUCGAUUCUGGAUAUUGUGCGCAGUGGCGAGGAUAUGGCGCUGUUGGUGCCCGCGGAGGUGCGGGGGAAGGCGGCGACGGAGGACGAGGAGGGCGGCGCUGGUGGAGGUUGCGGUAGUCAGAACGGGCGUACGCGCGGGGGAGAGAUGGCGGAGAUGGAGAGGAAGUUGGCGGAGGAUGAGGCGGCCAAGGAUCGAGAGACGGAGAUUACAAUGCCGCGGAGGCAGCCAGAGCCGUCGCAGAAGAAGGUCAAGUCGCAGGUUUUAGGGACAUGUGAGCGGUGCGGAUAUAUCUCGAGUCAGCGGGUGUGCAAGGCGUGCACGCUGCUGGAGGGUUUGAAUAAGAACCGGCCAAAGACAGCGAUUGAGGUGGGUUUGGAGGAUGAGGAGAGCAGUUCGACGUUGCGGAGACAGAUGGAGCAGGUUGAGCUGGGAGGUGAUCCUUGAUAAGCUCUGGACCUAUGCAUAGUCUGCACACAGCAGACAGAAACAUGAAGCAUCCGCAACGAUCCGCCCUGCAUCAGACCCAGUCGGUCCUAUCCGACUUAUGUGCCAUGACAGAUACCUCUAGAUAUAGAUGUCCACUUCUCCUCAUCCCAUUCUUCACCCGGGAUUUGACCCAUCUAUAAUACAUCCAUCAUAUAUAGAUACACCCAAUAUCAUACAAACUCACCAAGCCCAAUAAACAAGAAUA